AUGGGCUUCCUGCGGGGCCUCCUCAGGGCCCGGAAGCUACUGCUGGUCAUCUGUGUCCCCCUGUUGCUGCUGCCUCUGCCCAUCCUGCACCCCAGCAGUGAGGCUGCGUGUGCCUACGUGCUGGUGGUGACAGCCGUGUACUGGGUGUCCGAGGCGGUGCCCCUGGGAGCCGCGGCGCUGGUGCCUGCCUUCCUCUACCCGCUCUUUGGAGUUCUGCGGUCCAGCGAGGUGGCUGCUGAGUACUUCAAGAACACCACACUGCUGCUGGUGGGCGUCAUCUGCGUGGCGGCGGCUGUGGAGAAGUGGAACCUGCACAAGCGCAUUGCUCUGCGCAUGGUCCUGAUGGCUGGAGCCAAGCCGGGCAUGCUGCUGCUCUGCUUCAUGUGCUGCACCACCAUGCUGUCCAUGUGGCUGUCCAACACUUCCACCACCGCCAUGGUGAUGCCCAUCGUGGAGGCCGUGCUGCAGGAGCUGGUCAGUGUCGAGGAGGAGCAGCUCGUGGCGGGCAACUCCAGCACCGAAGAAGCUGAGCCCAUCAAUCUUGAUGUCAGCAACAGCCAACCUCCUCUGGAGCUCAUCUUUGUAAAUGAAGACAUGUCCACGGCAGACUUCGCUUCUCUGAUGCACAAGAACCUGAACGGGGUACCCAUGAUCACCAGGCCCAUCAGGACAGCAAACGGGCAUCACAGCAAGAAGCAACAGCCACUGCAGGAAAAGCCACUAGUCCUAACCCGAGGCUCCAAGAACCAGGAGCUGAACAGAAAAUACCAAUCACAGCAUGACCAGAUGGUCUGCAAGUGUCUCUCCCUGAGCAUAUCCUACGCUGCGACCAUUGGCGGCCUGACCACCAUCAUCGGCACCUCCACCAGCCUCAUUUUCCUGGAACAUUUCAACAACCAGUACCCAGCUGCAGAUGUGGUCAACUUCGGCACCUGGUUCCUCUUCAGCUUCCCCAUAUCCCUCAUCAUGCUGGUCAUCAGCUGGUUCUGGAUGCACUGGCUGUUCCUGGGCUGCAACUUUAGAGAGACCUGUUCUCUGAGUAAGAAGAAGAAGACCAAGAGGGAAGAGCUGUCAGAGAGAAGGAUCCAGGAGGAGUAUGCGAAGUUGGGGGACAUUAGCUACCCUGAAAUGGUGACUGGAUUUUUCUUCAUCCUGAUGACUGUGCUGUGGUUUACACGAGAGCCUGGCUUUGUCCCUGGCUGGGAUUCCUUCUUUGAAAAGAAAGGCUACCGUACGGAUGCCACAGUCUCCGUCUUCCUCGGCUUCCUCCUUUUCCUCAUUCCAGCCAAGAGGCCCUGCUUUGGGAAAAAGAAUGAUGGGUCGAGCUACGAGUGCUCCCUGGGGACGGAGCCCAUCAUCACAUGGAAGGACUUCCAGAAAACCAUGCCCUGGGAGAUCGUCAUCCUGGUGGGAGGAGGCUACGCCCUGGCUUCAGGCAGCAAGAGCUCUGGUCUCUCCACAUGGAUCGGGCAGCAGAUGCUGUGCCUGAGCAGCCUCCCACCGUGGGCUGUCACUCUGCUGGCAUGCAUCCUGGUGUCCAUUGUCACAGAGUUUGUCAGCAAUCCGGCCACCAUCACCAUCUUCCUGCCCAUUGUGUGCAGCCUGUCUGAAACGCUGCACAUAAACCCACUCUACACCCUGAUCCCAGUCACCAUGUGCAUCUCCUUUGCAGUGAUGCUGCCAGUGGGCAACCCCCCCAACGCUAUCGUCUUUGGCUAUGGGCACUGCCAGAUCAAAGACAUGGUGAAAGCUGGCCUGGGAGUCAACGUCAUUGGCCUGGUGGUAGUAAUGGUGGCCAUCAACACCUGGGGAGUUAGUCUCUUCCACCUGGACACCUUUCCAGCCUGGGCUAAGGUCAGUAACAUCACUGAUCAGGCCUAAAAUCAGUGGACUAAUUGGUCAGGCCAAAGGAACUGUACUCGGCCAAAUCUGCACCACAGAGAAAACCACCAGCACACUAGGUCCAGGCUGGAGGGCACUCUUGCCAGAAGAUCUGUCAUCUACCCCC